AUGGACGGAGACCACACAGGCAAGAACUUAGAUGCUGGCGCCAACGCUGCCACCAAGGCACAAGAUCUUACUGAGGGCAUCCACGAGGGCACCGCACAAAAAGCGGGCGCUGGAGAUAAGACGACAGGCCAGGGUACCUCGAUGUUCUCCAAGGAUGGGGCUAUUGGGUCCCAAUUCACGGGAGCAGGCGCAAUCGGAGGUGCCGGAAACAAAGUCGGAGGCCCAAUUGCCGAAGAUGGCAUGAUCGGAAAGCACUUCACCCCGUCCGGUGCCAUCGGCGGUUCGAUCCAGAAGAUGGCGGAGAAGAACGAGCAGCAUUGA